CUGGAGGAAGAGGGCUGCCAGUUGUUCCCAUAACAUCGAACAAACACUUCACGACAACAAAAUGAGAAUCACACUAAUUCCCUUAUUGUUGGUCGUGGCUGCUGCCUGUGUCCCUGCCCUGUGUGGCAAAAAGGAGCAGCCGGUCCUCCAGCCUGACGUCCCAGUUGAAACCCGGUCCCGCUUUGCUGCUCUCGAUGAUGUGCGUCUCCUGGCGAAUGGCCUCCUGCAACUGGGCCAGAGCCUGCGGGAGUUUGUGCAGAAGACCAAGGGACAGAUAAACGACAUCGUCCAUAAGCUAAACAUCUUUGACCACUCGUUUUACCAGCUCUCCGUGCUUGCCAAUGAAAUUAAAGAGGAAGAAGAGGAGCUCAAGAAAACCACUGUGGUACUGAAGGCCAACAACGAAGAGAUCAAAAUCCUCUCUGUUGAGAUGAACUCCAAAGUGGACAUCAUGUUGCAGGAGAAGAGUCGGCUGCUGAAGAAGGUGGAAGGGCUGGAAGCGAAGCUGAGCAGCAUGUCACAUGGCCUGGUGACGAGCGGACAGGUGGCAGAGAUCGGUGGCCUCAGGGAAGUGAUCCUCAGCCAGGAGCGGAGCAUCACUGAGCUGCUCAAUGCUGUGAGAGAGCAGAGCGACCAGCUGAACCACCAGAGGGUUAAGAUCAAUAUUCUGGAGGAGAAGUUUACAGACACAUUGACACAGGAGACCAUUGAGAGGAUGCCUGACAUCUUCAACAGUGACGCACCAACACUCACCCCUUAUCUGGCCACAAGCUCGACCAGCACCACCAGCAUGACCAAUCCUCCAUCAGACUGCAGCGACCUUUUCAACAGAGGGGAGCGAGUCAGUGGUGUCUACGCCAUCAGACCCAGCGGAACGAAGACCUUCAUGGCUUUUUGUGACAUGAGCAAAGAUCAUGGAGCAACAGUCAUCCAGCGAAGGAGCGAUGGUUCAGUGAAUUUUGAUCAAAACUGGGAGAAAUAUGAAAAUGGUUUUGGAGAUUUUCAUGGGGAGUUCUGGCUGGGCCUCAGGAACAUCCACUCUCUAGCCACUCAGGGCAACUCUGUCCUUCACAUCCAGCUGGAAGACUGGAAACAGAACAGGCGCUUCACUGAAUACAGAUUUAACCUUAGUGGUCCUGAGAGCAACUACACCAUUCACCUCACGCAUCUGUUUGGAGAUUUGCCGGACCCCAUGAGCAACCACACAGGCAUGAUGUUCUCCACCAAGGACAGGGACAAUGACAACCACCAGGAAUCCAACUGUGCCGACACCUACACAGGUGGAUGGUGGUUCAACGCCUGUGGAGACAUCAACCUGAAUGGGAGAUAUUUCCACAUGAGACCUAAGUGGCGUUCAGAUCGUAGGAGAGGGAUUCAGUUAAAGCCGGUCCAAAAGGCAUCUUACUCCCUCAAGCGUAUCCAGAUCUCUGUACACCCCGUGGUUACCCCCAAUACCACCCCCUCUACUUCAGCCUCCUAUGAAACAGGUGUCUUUCUGUGAUCCAGCACCAGCAUUCUCCGUGAAAAUACUACGUUGAACAGUGGCCUCUUCCGGAGAGUCGUGGGAAUGCUUCAUGUGGACGGCCAUGGUUUAAGACGGCUUGGGCAGAGACGAUGAUGCUGUGUCAAUUUGUGUGAAUUUCCAGUAGAUUCGUUCACACAGGACUCAAAACAAGUUUCACAAUUCUGAGUGCUGUGAGAAAGCCAAAAGAAUGCAUCACCUGAACCAUGAUAGUCUCUAAUGUAAUAGAACACCUGUAUUGUGAAAUCUGAAAUACAGUACGCCGUUAGCAUUCAAUAUUUCUUCACUCACUGUAUCUCAGAGGUCAACGGUUAUGGAGAAGAAAUUAAAAUUUACAGCCAUG